AUGAGAAGCACAGGGAAGCUGCCUGCAUUCUUUGCGUCUCCAUAUUCUCGCAGUAGGCUGACUAACUCGUCUACAAAUAAAAUAUAUACUCCUUUAUCUGCUUCUGCUUAUACUGAUCCUGCUGCUGCACCUGCUGCUGCACCUGCUGCUGCUGCUGCUGCUGAUCCUGAUUCUGCUGACGGCCCUAUUGCUUCUCAGCACAAAAAUCCACAUUCAUACUCUCCUGCUGCUGAUGCAGCAGCAGCAGCAGCAGCAGCAGAUAUACCGCCGUCAUCCUCUCCUGCAGCGCCUACUGCAGAAGCAGCAGCAGCAGCAGCAGCAGCAACAACUGCAACAACAAAUGCAGCAGCAAAAGCUGCUAGCACCAGAAGACAUCAUAAAAAGAACAGAAAUAAUGCACAGGAUAAGGCAGCCGCUUCAUAUGCUGCAGCAGCGCUGCAGCAGCAGCAGCAGCAGCAGCAGCAGCAGCAGUUGUCCCCGACAGGCCUUGCUGCAGCAACAGCAGCAGCAGCUGCUGCUGCUGCUCAGUCUCCUGAAGCUGCUUCUCUUCUAUCUUUAAAUUCUUCUGCAGAUUAUCUCUUUUCAAUGCUGCCGCAGGGUGUAGUAGAAAGAGCAGCAGCAGCAGCAGCAGCAGCAGCAGCAGACAAGGGUCCAGUGCAGCUGCUAAAUGCUACCCGCUCACGCUACCAGCAGCAGCAGCAGCAGCAGACUCCGUCAGAUCCAGCAGCAGCAGCAGCAGUUGCUGCUGCUGCUGCUGCUUCAAGCCCGCAGACAGCGCUAGACUUAGCGGCGCUCUGUGUACUCUCAGCGCAUUCCGAAUUGCUGCAGCAGCAGCAGCAACAGCAGCAGCAGCAGCAGCAAGAGUCGUUGCUGCUGCAGCAGCUGACGAAUGAAGAUCCCUCAGCAGCUCUUUUGAAGCUCCUGGGCGCAGCAGCUGCUGCUGACUCAACAGCAGCAACAGCAGCAGCAGCAGCAGCAGGAGACCCGCUGGGAUCGUCUGGGGAUCGUGUUUGUUCUGAAUUGACUCUGGACCCCACAAAGCUGUCGCACAGCCUUUCUGCUGCUGCUGCAGGGCCUCCUCUGUCUGCUGUUGCUGGUCUAACUCCUGCAGCAGCAGCAGCAGCAGCAGCAGCAGCAGCAGGGGCUUCCGUAUCGAAGCAGGAGCCCGACGCAGCAAAGGUGCCGAUGGGGAAGGAGACGGAUUUGCUGCUUGCAGAUCUGUUGGCUGCGGUGGAGCAGCAGCAGCAGCUGCUGCAGCAGCAACUGCAGCAGCAGCAGCAGCAGCAGCAACAGCAGCAGCAGCAGCAACUGCUGCAGGCUUCGCCACAGGAGGACCUGGUGAGCACUUUGGAAUCGUUAUUAGAUUUGUUUGAUGGUAUGAAGAAAGAAGAAAGACAUCUCUUGUCGUUGCCGCAGGGUAUUGAUCUGCAGCAGCAGCAGCAGCAGCAGCAGCAGCAACUGCAGCAGCAGCAGCAGCAGAGUUCGCCUUGCGCUGCAGCAGCAGAUCUGGUAGAUAAUUCCAAAGAAAAAGAAUUCUCUGCUUCGCUGCUGCGCCUGCUGCAGUGCCAGCCCGAAGCUUCUGCUGCAUCUGCUGCUGCAGAAGCAACUGCAGCAGCAGCAGCAGCAGCAACAGCAGCAGCAGCAGCAGCACCAACUUGCGCUGCAGCAGGAACGAGGACGCCAAACUCGCAGCUAAAAAUACAAAUCGAUGGAGAGAUGCACAAAUCAACAAUUGCUGCAGACAGCAGCAGCAGCAGCAGCAGCAAAUCUUCAGAUCCUGUUGCUGCUGCUGCUGCUGCUGCUGCUGCGGGAAGAAUACCAGCAGCUAAGGCUUGGCGCAGAUCUGCACAGACACCUGAUGCAGCAGCUGCAGCAGCAACAGCAACAGAGUCUU